AUGUCCGGUCACCUGGGUUAUUAUUCACCGCUAAAGCAGCAACGGCAAGAGCAUCACCUUCAUAAGUUAAAGCAACAACAGCAAGAGCAUCACCGUCAUCAGCUAAAGAAACAACAAGAGCAUCACCGUCAUCAGCUAAAGAAACAACAAGAGCAUCACCGUUGUAAGCUAAAGCAACAACAAGAGCAUCACCGUCAUCAGCUGAAGCAGCAAGAACAUCACCGUCAUCAGCUGAAGCAACAACAGCAAGAGCAUCGCCGUCAUCAGCUGAAGCAACAACAGCAAGAGCAUCACCGUCAUCAGCUGAAGCAACAACAGCAAGAGCAUCACCGUCAUCAGCUGGAACAACAACAGCAAGAGCAUCACCGUCAUCAGCUGAAGCAACAACAGCAAGAGCAUCACCGUCAUUAGCUAAAGAAACAACAAGAGAAUCACCGUUGUAAGCUAAAGCAACAACAAGAGCAUCACCGUCAUCGGCUGAAGCAACAACAGCAAGAGCAUCACCGUCAUCAGCUGAAGCAGCAACAGCAAAAGCAUCACCGUCAUCAGAUGAAGGAACAACAAGAGUAACAUCGUCAUCGGCUAAAGCAACAACAGGAAGAGAGCAACAUCGUCAUCAGCUAAAGAAACAACAAGAGCAACAUCGUCAUCAGCUGAAGCAACAACAGCAAGAGCAUCACCGUCAUCAGCUGAAACAACAACAGCAAGAGCAUCACCGUCA